GACACAAACCAGGGAAAAUUGAGAAAAGAACAGGAAGAAAAUGACAAUAGAACUUAACUUCACCCAUUUUAGUUUUUGAAAUGAGAUUUCAAAAUGUCAGUUACUAACGGUUGUAUUUCCUAUCUUCCACCCCUCGCUAUCUAUUACUCCAUUCGUUCAGUUGUGGCCGAUCCCUCUCUAUUUGCCAGCCACUCCAUUCCGUGUGAAAGUUGAAGGUCGUUGGCUUCCCCACGCCACCAUUUGUUUAGCUUUAUUCUUUCACACGGUUGGAUCCAGAGUACUGCUUCACUGUCUUCUUCUGUUCUUCAUUUCUUUGUUGUCAAACCUCCUUUUGUCUUCAUCUGCUACUUUAUUUACUCCAAAUCCCACAUACCCAUUUGCUCAUACCCCCGCACCCACAAUUUAUUGGCCACUUCUGAUCACUCCCGUCAACUGUUCGACACAAGUUGCCUUACAAUUUUUCAUAGAUAAGUACUGGGUUAAUACUGGGUUUUUGGGUUGCCUCGCGAGAAUAAUUGAAUAAAUGAAUAUCUCAAAUGGAGAAUCAGUCGAUCAUGGAGAACGUUUGGUUGGUUCUACUAAUUGCUCGGGGUGUGUAUCAUGUACUACUUUCAAUAUCCUUGCUCCGAUUUACAAGCGGUUGAGUAGUGGGAGACGCGAGAGUGAGUUCACGGAUUUUUGGCUUACCCGGAACGAGAGCAUUUUGGAUAGGCUACUCAAUCUAAAAUCAUCAAUUAUAUGCUUACAGGAAUUUUGGUUGGGCAAUGAAGAACUUGCAGGAAUGUAUGAGAAACGACUUGUGGAUGCUGGUUAUGUAACUUAUAAACUUGCUCGCACAAACAACCGGGGUGAUGGUCUGCUAACAGCAGUGCACCAAAAUUAUUUCCAUGUGUUGAAUUACAAAGAAUUGUUGUUCAAUGACAUUGGUGAUCGUGUAGCCCAGCUUUUGCAUAUUGAGCUACUUGCUCCUUUUUCUCGAAGCCAUGCUGCCAAAAUGGAUAAAGAAGUUCUUGUUGUGAAUACCCACUUAAUUUUUCCUCACAAUUCUAGUUAUUGCUUCCUCCGGCUACAACAGGUAUACAAAAUUUUGCAGUAUGUUGAAUCAUAUUCUGAUGAAUACCAGUGUUCGCAUAUACCUAUUAUUCUAUGUGGGGAUUGGAAUGGAAGUAAGAAGGGGCACGUCUAUAAGUUUUUGAAAUCUCAGGGUUUUGUCUCAUCUUAUGACAUUGCUCAUCAUCGUAUGAGCAACGAUGAUGAUUCUCCUAAGUGGGUUAGUCAUCGUAACCACAGAGGGAACAUAUGCGGUGUGGAUUUUAUAUGGCUACGCAAUCCUACAAAUUUCUGGAGACCACUGAAAGAAUGUUAUAUGGAAGCAGUUUUAGGAAACAUUAUGCAUCUAUUAGAAAAUUGCUCAACAGACGACCUUAAUCCGCUGCAUUUUUUCAAAACUGAUGGAAGCUACAUAACCUACUCUCAGUUCACCCAAACCCUUAAUGAGUUGGGCCUAACUGGGCACUGUUAUGAUGGCUUAAGUGAUGAAGACAUAAAGAAUUUAUGGGAGCAUCUAGACCCAAAUAAAAAAGGAGUUGUUGAUCUUUCACAUUUAACUAGGGCAUGGAGCCCAUGGUCUUUCUUCCAUCAGACAAGUGGAAAUGAAGAUAACAAGGCACAAAUAAAACGUAAUUUUAGCGGGAGGUCUUUAACUACAGUUGGUUUCAAUGUCCAAAAAGCUACGCUGUUUCCUCCAGAAGUUGCAAAAGGGAUGUGGCCUGAGCACUACUCUCUGUCUGAUCAUGCGCAACUCACUGUGGAGUUUUGUCCGGUGAUGAUGCAUUGUACCUGAGUUUUUUUUUUUUUAAUGCUGUCAACCCAUGCCAAUAAGUAUCUGAACAAUCUUAUUAGUAAAUAAACACAACUGAGUCACACUAAUCCUAGCUUCAAAGCAAGUUUUGUUGUUUGCUGAUUUCAGGAUUCGUGCUAGGCUUCAAUCCAAGUUUCUGCAAUUGUAAAGAUAAAAAGCUCAAGUCAUAAGGGGAAAUAUCCUUUGCUAUAGACUAUUGACUUGUAUGGAGUUUUGAAAAUUAUAGUUUGCUCAUUACUGCAAUGAAAAGCGCCCAUGGUACACAUUGCUCUUCAAGAAA